AGUAUGUCCGUGGCGUUUGACGUGUUGAUAUCGACGCAUACUGCGAUAUUUUUGUUUUUUUGUUAACAAUGACCGAGUAAAUGGAGAUGAGUGAUGUGCACGUAUUUGACUGUGAACUGUGAUAGUGGUGGUUUUUGUUUCGGAUGAUCUCAAUCGGAUUUAAGCUGAAAUUGAUCGACAUACACCAGCCGUCGCCCGUCGCUCCGCCAACAACCGAACCUAAUAUGAUCCAAGAAACUAUAUAAACCAGUGAUCCGUCGCUUAUAUAAACCAGCUCGAUUUCCGCUAAAUCAGCCUUAUACACCCGAUCGCCAGUUUCUGGAUAUUAUUUCGAACGUUCCGUUUCGCGAGUGCCAGUGUCCGCUCCAAACCCAGUCAUCCAUGAUUAUGGAGAUGACGAACGAACUAACGGUGGGCCGGUGGUACGAGUCCCCCAGGACGGGCACCUCGGCCAGUCCGGGCCAGGGCAUCGACGCCGGCAACGCCGACAUCGCCUCCGGCGUCGCCGAGCACAUGGGCACCUUCUUCCUGGACCCGUCGGGCACCCAGAGGGCCCGGUAUUACCACCAGACCAUGCACGGAUCCUACGGUAGUCACGCGUCGAGGAUGUCGUCGUCGCAGGUGUGCCGGCCGCACUUCCACGCGCCGCUGCACCCGUGGCUGUCGGACGGCGGCAAGCCGCUGGCGCACUCGAGCCCUUGGGUGCCGUUCGGCGGCGGCGAUCCGGACAAGUCGCAGUCGCCGAGUUCGGCGCCGUCGCAGGCGCACAACAUCUUCUCGUUUCCGCCGACGCCGCCGAAGGAUUCGACGCCGGACUCGGUGGCGCCGUCGGGCGGUGGUGGUGGAGGAGGAGGCGGCGGCGGGCCGGAGUACCAGAGCGCCGUGUCGGCGGCGAUGGGGGCGUUCAUGCACGAGAACGCGCAGAGCUGCGCGUUGGACGUGAAGCCGUCGGGCGUGAGCGCGGCUAACAAGCCGCGGGAAGGUGAAUAUGAAGGGGGCACCACCUCCGGCAUGUUUAAUGGUAACUUUGAGGGCACCUACGGGUCUGCGUAUGCCCACGGUAUUCACGCGGGGGCGUACUCGCCCCAAAAUAAGCAGCAUCUGGGCGGUUCGGGGGGACAGAGCGUUCAGUCCCCCAACAAGCCCCGGAAUAAAUCUAGAACUAGCGCGGAGGGCAGAGAGUGCGUGAAUUGCGGAGCGACGAGCACGCCAUUGUGGAGAAGGGACGGCACCGGACACUACCUCUGUAAUGCCUGUGGUCUGUAUUACAAGAUGAACGGACAGAACAGACCUCUCAUCAAACCUAAAAGAAGACUGAGUUUGCAGAGCGCCGCUCGAAGGGCAGGUACGAGUUGCGCCAAUUGCAAGACCACGACGACGACCCUUUGGAGGCGCAACCAAAACGGCGAGCCCGUUUGCAACGCCUGCGGACUGUACUUUAAGCUGCACAACGUGAACAGGCCGCUGACGAUGAAGAAGGAGGGCAUCCAGACGAGGAAUCGCAAGCUGUCGUCGAAGAGCAAAAAGAAAAAGAGCGGCGCUUCGUGCCUGUCGCUGAACAUGAUGGGCGACAUGAUGAAGCCGCUGGACGGCGGCAAGGGCGGCUUCGGCGGCGGCUUCGGGGCGGGCAUGGGCGGCGGGCAUCCGCACCUCAACGCCGCCCUGCACCCGCACCACGCCAUGAGCCACUGGUACCAGCACCAGCACACGCAGGGCUUCGUGUCGGGGCCGCCGCCGCCCGCGCCGCCCCCGGCCGCCUCCUAUCACCAUCACAUGAGCUCGCUCAGCGCCGCCGGAUUGGGACUCACGUCCAACGGAAUGACGAGUUGGAGGUCGGAGUACACGUGAUAAGGAGGAGCCCAAGGAGCCUUUGGAGGAAUUUAAUUUAUGAAAGCGAUUUUUUGUAGAUGUAGCUCCUGAGAUGGUAAAAUUGAGAAUUAUUAUAAAGAAACCCGUUUUAAAGUGAUGAUUGUGAGGCCGGUGGGGGCGGCGCCGCCCGUGCUUGUAUUUAAUUGUAAAUUUUGUAAAAAAAAUAUAAUAUGGGAAACACGUCGGGGCGGCGGCGGCCCGACGGGCUCGUUUGUAUAAAAUUUAAGUACAAAAAAAACGAAGUUUGUAAUGUAUUGUAAAUAGUUGUAGUUUGUCUAAAAUAAUUUUUAAUACAGAUGAUGAUUUGUAAAAAGUAAAAUAAAGAAUUUAAAAAAAAAGAUACCUAUGUGCAAUCUUUACGUAAAAAAAGUAUUUAUAUAUAAUUGUGUGGGUGAGAUUACAAAUAACAGAAAAUUGUGACGGAUUUUCUCGUGAAAUUUUAUGUCUUAAUGGCGUUUGUGUUAUUUAAAUCGAAAUUAUUAAAUUACAUCGACCUAUAAUUGUAAAUAAAUACUUCCUCUAACAGCCUAUAUAUUUAUUUGUAAAUUAGUUUUUUAAGACCUAAAAUUUCAUCACGGAUCGAUGUUAAGAUAUAUUUAUAGACUGCAAAUAUUGUAAAUACAUUUUUGAAUCGUACAUUUAAAUGCCGACCAAUUUUUCGUUCGUCGAAAAAUACAUUAAAAAAAAUAUCUUUCGUAUUUAAUUUAAAAUUCAACGAUCGCAUUACAUUUUUUUUUUUGAAUUUUAAAUUACGUAUUGAAUGGGAAAAAAUCCAAUCGCCAUGUUCGUGUAUAAUUGUAGCAUUUUCGUUGAAUUGACUUAAUUUAUUUUGUUAUCGUUUAGCAAUAAAAAGGCGGAUUAAGUUUUCGUUGUAUUUCUUAUUUUUCUCGUACACAAAACGCAAUUCAACAUAGACAUAAUUAAAUAAAUGAAUUCAA